AUGGACCCGAUGCUGCCGGGGACGGUGACGGUGAAGGAGGAGUGGCCGCCGGAGGAAGAGGAGGAGGUGGUGGAGGACGUGGACGCUCCGCGGCCGAUGGAGGGACUGCACGAGGUCGGGCCGCCGCCGUUCCUGACCAAGACGUUCGACCUGGUGGCCGACCCGGCCACCGACGAGGUCAUCUCCUGGGGCCGCGCCGGGAACAGCUUCGUGGUCUGGGAUCCCCACGUGUUCGCCGCCGUGCUGCUCCCCAGGUUCUUCAAGCACAACAACUUCUCCAGCUUCGUCCGCCAGCUCAACACCUAUGGUUUCAGAAAGAUCGAUCCGGACAGAUGGGAGUUCGCGAACGAAGGCUUCCUGAGGGGCCAGAGGCAGCUUCUGCGGCUGAUCAAGCGGCGGAGGCCGGCGGCGCCGCCGUACCUCCAGGCGUCGCAGUCGCAGCAGCUGCAGGGGUCGUGCUUGGAGGUGGGCCAGUUCGGGGGGCUGGACGGAGAAAUGGACCGGCUGAGGCGCGACAAGAGCGUCCUGCUGGCGGAGGUGGUGAAGCUACGUCAGGAGCAGCAGAGCACGCGGGCGGGCAUGCGGGCCAUGGAGGAGCGGCUGCAGCACGCGGAGCACAAGCAGGUGCAGAUGAUGGGGUUCCUGGCGCGGGCGAUGCAGAGCCCGGACUUCUUCCAGCAGCUGGCCCAGCAGCAGGACAGGCGGAGGGAGCUGGAGGGCGCGCUGAUGCUCUCCGCCGCCUCCAGGAAGCGGCGGCGGCCCAUCGGCGCCGUGCCGGCCCUGGACGGCGGCGUGCAGGAGGAGGAGGAGGAGCAGGCCGACGACGACGACCCCACCGCCACGCAGGCUCUGUUCGCGGAGCUGGACGAGUGGGGGACCACGUCGGAGCUGGAGAACCUGGCGCUCAACAUCCAGGGGCUCGGCAGCAAGCGUAGGCAGGACGGGGGCGAGAAGCAGGGUGCCGGCGCGCGGAGCCAGCAGCAGGCCGCCCCGGGCGGUGGCGAGACGGCGGAGCUGACCGACGACUUCUGGGAGGAGCUGCUGAACGAAGGGAUGAGGGGCGAUGCGGCGGCUGAGAUGCUUCCGCCGGAGAGGAGACGGCCGGGUUGGUACGUCGACGCGCUGGCGCAGAAGCUGAGCUCCAUGAGCAACACCACGGCGAAGUAG